AUGGAGGAAUACAAAACUACUGUAGAUGACACCCCGUUGCUGGUAAAUUUUUUGCGCCUCAUCCGCAACGGGCGCCAAGAGCAAUGCGAUGUUCUUUCUUUUAACCCCGGCAGCCUUGUUUCCUUUCACUUCGGUGGUCUAAAGAUGCUUGAUUUAGGUGCUUUCACUGAAGCUGAAGAUCUGUGGUCCACUUUGGCCAAAAAGGCAUCUUCUGAGGGUCCCUGGGGGACGGAAGGUUCGACCUUUGAAGGUCCACUUUACUUAGUUGUAACUUACGAUGAUGUUGUCAUAGAGCAAUGGGAGUUGGUGGACUAUCGUAACGCGAACUUCGAAAACUCCAUUCCGUUCAGCUGCGAUCAGCUUGAAGAGUUAAACACGCUGGUGCGCAUCAUCUACAUCUAUCUACGAGUGAAUAAUAUCCGACGGUACGUGCCGCAGAGUCUGCUUCAGGGCGAUGUGAACAAGUGCUUAGGCCCUAAUAAUCCACUCCAGAAUGCAGAAGGUGUCUCAAACACCGAAAACGUCGCUGUGAAGGACACCAGUGUGAAGCAGUUCCUAAAUACCAUUCAUGGCAGCAAGGAGGAAUUCCCAAAGCUUGAUAUGGUAUACACUCGCACACAACGAUGGUGCAUUGCAGAUCUUAUCUGUAUCACUGUCACCACCAAUGCGCUCGCACGCACGCAACUCCUUAUGCAAGGGAAGCAAAGUAUCCAACAGUCAAACUCACCGGUGAGGCCGGAUUUCACAGAGAUACAUCGUUCACCCCGAAGAGAUAACUUUACAACACAAGGUAAGGUAAUUGAAUGCACCUCAGCUACCCCGAGGGCUCUCAUAGUUUCGCCAGUAAUGUGUGCCGACCUAACCGCUCGUGACCGGGCGACAUCAUCCCCAAGUGGCUCCUUAAAGUCCCAGUGCACGCCCUCCUUGGUGCCCGCUGCUGCCUUGAUCCCAACUUGUGUGAUGCUCUCGCCGUCGUUGCUCCCUCGACUCCCAUCCAACCGCAUGGCGCCGCUUUCCUUACCACAGGUGGGCUGUGGUGUCCUAACAUCCAUAGCCAUCAAGUCCUCAACCCCGCGAGAAACGCAAGGCAUAAGGAGCCCGCAGCCGCACAAAAUCGGUACCUUAGGUAGGGCCCCGAGCUUGGACGCACCGCUUAUUCAUACAGAGGUUAAUACCGCCGCGCCGCCAGAUUUUGUUCGACAAAUGUCGACCGCAUUGUUUCCUGCAAAACACAUAAAGAUCCCACAGCAGCGGUUGCCGCGCUCGGCGGGUAUCGUGCUCGAUACCAUGGCUGCACUGCCCCUUCGUCAUGAUGAUGAGGAUUAUGAGGAUCAUGAGGAAGGCUCGAUGGGCGAUAGCGGUGCACUGCACGCCGACACCGACACAGGAGGGUCAACUUUUGAAUUGUUGGAGCUCGCGCAGCGCAUGCAUACAUCGCGCUCUGCAGCCCAGUGGUUCCCGCUAAGGGACUUAGUGCUACCAUUAAACCUUGAGUAA